AAAAAAUCACCGAAGAAUUCGUUGACAUGGACAUUUUUUUUUGUAACGUUGUUAUUUAUUUUAUUUAGACAUUCGAUAUUUAUUAUAUUUAUCCAUUUUUGUUCAGUUAAAUUUGCUCAAUAUAUUGAUUAAUUUCUAAUAAAAUAUACCUGAUAUCUUGAUCUUCUUCUUCAUUUGUUUUUGCACACAUUAUCGAUCAAUAUGCCUGUAUUUAAAAUGGCCGGUUAACAAAUAAACGUUUACUCAGGUUUUAUUCAGUUCAAUUAAUUAUAAUUAUAAUCAAAAAAGAAAUCAAUAGUUAAAAAUGAUGAUGAUGCGUCAUCAAAACGAUAACGAAAUUCGUAUAAAAGCCGCCUAUAAUGGCGAAAUAAUGAUCAUCUACAUACAACCAAUUAUAACAUUGGAAAAUCUUUGCCAGGAAAUGAGAGAAAUUUGUAAAUUUGAUAAUGAACAAAAUUUUACAAUGAAAUGGGUCGAUGAAGAAGGCGAUCCAUGUGUGAUAUCUUCACAAGCCGAAUUAGAAGAAGCUAUACGACAAUAUGAAUUGAAUAAAGAUUCAGAGAUUAAAAUACAUGUGUUUCCAAAUGUUCCAUUUCCUGGUUUACCGUGCAUAGGAGAAGAUAAAUCAAUUUAUCGUCGUGGUGCACGUAGAUGGCGUAAAUUAUAUCAUGUAAAUGGUCAUAUAUUUCAAGCAAAACGUUUUAAUCGUAAAGCAUUCUGUGCAUUUUGUAAUGAUCGUAUAUGGGGUCUUGGUCGUCAAGGUUUUAAAUGUAUCAAUUGUAAAUUAAUGGUACAUAAAAAAUGUCAUAAAUUAUUUCGUGAUAAUUGUUCGGGAUUAUUACUUGAAACAUCCACUGGUUCGACUGCACAGAAUCAAUCACAUUCAUCUGGUUCAAGUCCAUCAUCGAUUGAUGUACAUCAUCAUCAUCAUCAUCAUCGAUCAAAUCAUCAUAAUAACAAUAUGAAUGGAACCGAUAUAACUAUUUUAUCUAAAGAUGAUAUUAAAUUACGUCCAGGACAUACACCAGGUAGCCGACGUAAACAUCAAUUUGAAUCAAAUCAAAUGACACCAUAUCAACCGGUUAUUCGUAGUCAUAAAGAUGGACAAGAUGUUGAUCCACAAAAUCAAUUAAAUGAACAUUCAACAACAGCAGCUACAGGCUAUUCACUUGAUGAUUUUGAAUUACUUCGUGUGAUUGGUCGUGGUUCUUAUGCAAAAGUUUUAAUGGUCGAAUUAAAACAAACGCAAAGGAUUUAUGCUAUGAAAGUUAUUAAAAAAGAAUUGGUUACAGAUGAUGAAGAUAUUGAUUGGGUACAGACCGAAAAACAUGUUUUUGAAACUGCUUCCAAUUAUCCAUUCCUUGUUGGUUUACAUUCCUGUUUUCAAACACAAUCUAGGUUAUUUUUUGUCAUUGAAUUUGUACGUGGUGGUGAUCUUAUGUUUCAUAUGCAACAACAACGUCGAUUGCCUGAAGAACAUGCACGUUUCUAUGCAGCUGAAAUUACGUUGGCUUUAAAUUUUCUUCAUGAACGUGGAAUUAUUUAUCGAGAUCUCAAGUUGGAUAAUGUUCUACUUGAUCACGAAGGUCAUAUUAAAUUGACCGAUUAUGGAAUGUGUAAAGAAGGUAUACGAAAAGGUGAUACAACCGGAACAUUUUGUGGUACACCAAAUUAUAUUGCACCAGAAAUACUUCGUGGUGAAGAAUAUGGUUUUGAACCUGAUUGGUGGGCUUUAGGUGUUCUUCUUUAUGAAAUGUUGGCUGGACGUUCACCAUUCGAUAUUGUUGGUGCAACAGACAAUCCAGAUCAGAAUACUGAAGAUUAUCUGUUUCAAGUAAUUCUUGAAAAAACGAUUCGUAUUCCUCGUUCUAUUUCGACUAAAGCUCAAUCUGCAUUGAAAGGAUUUCUUAAUAAAAAUCCACAAGAACGUUUGGGUUGCCAUCCAGAUACCGGAAUAUUCGAUAUUCAAUCUCAUCCUUUUUUUAAAUCUAUUGAUUGGGAAUUGCUUGAAGCAAAACAAGUGCAACCACCAUAUAAACCAAAAUUAGAAACCGAUCGAGAUCUUAAACAUUUUGAUCGUCAAUUUACUGAUGAACCUGUACGAUUAACACCUGAUGAUUUACGUGUUAUCGAAAAAAUUGACCAAAGUGAAUUUGAAGGCUUUGAAUAUGUUAAUCCAUUAUUAAUGUCGAUGGAAGAUACUGUCUAGAUUAAAAAAAAAUUCAAGCUACAAAUUUAGCCAAGAUGAUAUCCGAAUCAUUCGAAAUUCAUUAAUAUAGGAUUAUUAUAUUAUUUAAUCUUCCACUUUUUUUUAUAAAAAAAAAAUUUUGUUUUUUACUUUUUUUUAAAUUUUCAAACAAACUGUCCAUAUAUUGAAGAUCAAACAAACUAACACACACACGCAAAAAAGGGUGCCUAUCCACUACAACAACAACAACAACAAAAAAAUGUCUUCAAAAAACUAAUUAUAAUU